CCAGUAGAACUAUUUGAGAUCAAUCCACAUUAUAACAGGAUCAUUCGGCCGUUGUUUAUUGACUUCGCCGAACCCGAUUCAUCAUUCUCUACCAUUUGCUUGUUCAGUUACUCCUUUCAAGCUGAGUAGAAGUCACGCUUGAGCUUGGAAUGUUUUGCUUUUCCUCUUAAGGUGGACUGACGGCACUCAGGAUCGAUGCAUACCUAUUGUGUCCCUCAAGUUGCUUAUGCUUCGGUGCUUUAUGCUUACGCCACCUGCUUUCUCUCUGUUAGACAAUUCAGCCCAUGCUUUGUGGUGAAAUGCCUCCAAAAGCCAUAAGAGUGUCCACGAUGGUGCUUGUAGCUUUCCAAUCUUCAUUCCCCUGAACUCGUAUCACGAUGAUACAAAGGUUGAAACCCAGACUAGCUUUUACCUGUACUAAUGCCAAACUGGGCACUCUAGCAACUCCAACUCCUAAUUUCCAGAAUGAACAGUCUAGUAAUGAUUACAUAAGCUCCAUCUGCAAGCAAAAAUUAUUUAAAGAAGCUCUCAAGGCAUUUGACUUCAUAGAAAAGAAUACCUCCUAUAAUGUUUAUCCUAGUACCUAUACUCAUUUGAUCUCCUCCUGUGCAUCUUUAAGAUUUCUAGAACGUGGGAGGAAAAUCCAUAAGCAUAUUUUGAUGUCCAACUUUCAGGCUGACAUGAUCCUUCAGAAUCAUAUUCUUAACAUGUAUGGAAAAUGCGGUUCAGUGACAGAUGCUCGAAAGGUCUUUGAUGAGAUGGCAGAGAGGAAUGUGGUUUCUUGGACUUCAGUUAUUGCUAGCUACUCUCAAAAUGAUCAAGAAAUUGAAGCAAUAAACCUUUACUCUCAAAUGCUACAGGCAGACCUUUUGCCUGAUCAAUAUACAUUUGGAAGCAUAAUAAAAGCUUGCUCAAGUUUGAGUGAGGUUAUGUUAGGGAGGCAGUUGCAUGCUCAUGUCAUCAAGUCAGAGCACGGUUCUCAUCUUAUAGCUCAAAAUGCCCUGAUUACAAUGUACACAAAGUUCGGUCUAAUUAUCGAUGCACAGGAUGUAUUUUUGCGGAUUAACUUAAAGGAUUUAAUUUCUUGGAGUUCAAUGAUUGCUGGGUUUUCACAACUUGGCUACGAAUUAGAAGCUCUAUACUGUUUCAAGGAGAUGCUUCGGCAAAGUAAUUGCGAGCCAAAUGAAUUUGUUUUUGGCAGUGUUUUUACUGCCUGUGGAAGGCUUAUCCAGCCAGAAUACGGGAGACAGAUACAUGGGGUGAGUAUAAAGUUUGGGUUUGAGAGAAAUGAAUAUUCUGGUUGCGCUGUUACUGAUAUGUAUGGAAAAUGUGGUUUACUUGGUGCUUCAGAAACUGCUUUUUUCCAGAUAGAAGACCCUGAUGUAGUGUCAUGGAAUGCCAUUAUUUCUGGGUUUGCUUAUGGUGGUGAAUCAAACAAAGCAUUGUCAACAUUCUCCCAAAUGAGGAACUUAAACUUGAAGCCCGAUGAUGUUACUAUUCGAUCUUUGCUGUGCGCCUUCACAAGUCCAUCAUAUGUGCUUCAGGCAAAGCAAAUACACUCCUACAUUAUCAAAACAGGUUUUGAUCUAGAUGUCCCAGUGUGUAAUACAUUGCUGUCAAUUUAUGCCAGUUGUUCAGAUGUAGCUGAGGCAUUUAAAAUCUUCUACGAGAUUCAAUGCAAAGCAGAUCUGGUUUCUUGGAACGCUAUUAUUUCUGUAUGCAUGCAAAACGAUCGGGCUGAAAAGGCUUUCUCUUUAUUAAACCUGAUGCUACUGUCUCCAAACAAGCCCGAUCAUAUUACUGUUGUAAAUGUGCUAGUCUGUUGUGGGAAAGUCACUUCUUUAGAAAUGGGAGAUCAAACUCAUUGUUAUGCAUGUAAAACUGCUCUCAAGCAGGACUUGGCCAUCAUGAAUGGACUGGUUGACAUGUAUGUUAAGUGUGGAUCUCUUGAAAAUGCUCAGAAGCUCUUUGACUGCAUUGAAAACCCUGAUGUCGUUUUGUGGAGUUCUCUCAUUGUUGGCUAUGCACAGUUUGGGUAUGGUGAAGCAGCCUUGAAACUGUUUACAAGAAUGAGAAAUUCAGGCGUAAAGCCAAAUGAAGUGACCUUUGUUGGAGUUCUGACAGCUUGUAGUCAUGUUGGUCUGGUCGAGGAAGGAUUGCACUUGUUCAAUACUAUGGAAAUGCAACAUAGGAUAGCACCUACAAGAGAGCAUUGCUCGUGUGUUGUUGACUUACUUGCUCGAGCUGGUUGCAUCAAUGAAGCAGAAGCUUUCAUUAAUCAAAUGGCUUUUGAUCCAGAUAUUGUGGUGUGGAAAACUCUUUUAGCUGCCUGUAGGACCCACAAAAAUAUUGAAAUUGGGAAAAGGGCUGCAGAGAAUAUUCUGAAAAUCGAUCCUUACAAUUCUACUGCUCAUGUGCUACUUUCCAGUAUAUAUGCUUCUACUGGCUAUUGGAAAGAUUUUGCUGCAUUGAGGAACUUGAUGAAACAAAAGGGUGUCAGAAAAGUUCCAGGCCAGAGUUGGAUAGAAGUUAAAGAUAAAAUCCAUGUAUUUUCUGCAGAAGAUGGUUUGCAUCCAGAAAGAGGCAAAAUAUAUAUUAUGCUAGAGGAAAUGUUCUUGCAGAUGCUGGAUGCUGGCUAUGUCCCUAUCCAGAGAUGAGCAGUUGGCCAUGAAAACUGAAAAUACUGAACACUCAAGUCAGAGGUUGAAUGAAAAUUCUCGUGGCUCCCUACUUGUGCUGUGGCAACUCGAGGGGUCUGUGCUGGCCCGAACUAAUUAUCUGGAAGAGUCAGUUUGAGAUCGUGAGGAACUGCUUUUCGACAAAAGUUGGUCAGAUAUACAACUCAUGAAGAACUGGAUGGUUUUAUGACAACAUGAUGGUGGAAAUACUUUCUAACCGUGACAUAAAAGUUUUCUUCAUUUUCAAUCUUUUAGAAGUCUAAACUGAAUUCUUCACAAACCAAUUUAUCUGCAACAUGAUCAUAAUCUCUCCUCCUCUCCCUCAAUCUUGAGGAGAAGUGACUUUUCCGGCUACAUAUGGGAAAGUGGUGAUGUCAUUCAUACGGAAGAGCAAAUCGAAAUCAAAGUUCAAGCAGAAGCUGAGCAAAUUUAACCAAGCUGAUAAAAGUUGGCCCUAGAAUCUAUUUUUUAGAUCUUGAUUGAAAGGGUCACACUGGGUAAGCAUCAAAUUGUAAAAAGAAUCCGCAUGGAGCGAGAAGCAAAGCAUUACACUUCCGUACAUCAGCAUCUGGAAUGUGGUUGCCUGCGAGAAAAGUGUACGAAGUGCAAAUUCUUUGCUAGUUGUUCAUCUUCUUUUGCACCAUCGCUAGGCAAGUUUAUGCCUUGAGAUAGCAGUAGCCUGUAUAUGCUUUUUCAAUCAAGAUCCCACAUAAAACUGAUCCAACUUGUCUGUCUUCUUGUUGUUUGUUGACAGUCUUCCCAUCUUCUCCGCUCCUCAUUUUUUAUGAUUUUUUAGUUUUUUCCACCAGUAAAACGAAGUACAAAAGCAGCUAUAUUGUUCGAGAGUUUAGCUAAUCUUGACAAGCAAAGAUCAAUCUUUCAUUUUUGUCUUGUUGUUAGAAACUCAUAGGUGGAAAACUCCCUGUUGUUUCAUAGUUUAGCAAGCUGUUAGAAACAGUAACCAUUAAAACCAACUUGGUAUCUUCUACCAUCUACACUCCCCAUCCACCUGCCUUUAUGUAAAACUUCGUGUAAGUCGCUACCUCUCCCAAGCUUCUCCCGCUUUCAAUCUAUUCACUUG